AUGUGUUCUUCAGAAGCUAGGGCGUACCCCAGAAGCGACGCGCAUUGUCCUCGCCCGGGCAAUGUGGCAAAUAUGCGAGGGCUACCGGCUAGAGGACGAAGCCGGCCAAAGAAGUUAGUCCGCCAUCGCCAGCAACAUCCAGUGCGCUUGGCAACACUUAACGUUGGGACGCUUACUGGAAGAAGUCGUGAACUGGCAGACAGUCUCAGAAAACGCCGUGUUGACAUAUGUUGUGUACAGGAGACUCGCUGGAAAGGAUUCAAGUCAAGGGAAUUAGGCGAUGGCUACAAGCUGAUCUACCACGGCACAUCAAAUCGCAAUGGCGUUGGUAUCAUAUUGAACGAGUCGUUUAGAAAUAGCGUCACAGCGGUGGAUCGACUAUCGGAUCGCUUGAUGGCUGUAAAAGUAGAUACAGGAAAAGUGGAAUUGCGAAUCGUCUCUGCUUAUGCGCCACAGAUGGGCUGUAGUGAAGAAGAGAAGGCGUGCUUUUGGGAAGAUCUGGAGCAGUACGUCCAAUCCCUGGAAAGCGAAGAAGUACUUUUAAUCGGAGGAGACUUCAACGGACAUGUCGGUUCCCGGAAAGACGGAUUCGAGAGUUGUCAUGGUGGAUACGGCUAUGGAGCUCGUAACGACGACGGGUUGCAAAUCCUGGAGUAUGCUGUUGCAAGUGACUUGAUCAUUGCUAACACGCAGUAUCGGAAAAGAAAAUCGCAUUUGAUCACGUACACCAGCGGCGGUCGUGAAACACAAAUAGAUUUCUGGAUGUUACGCCGACGAGAUCGCCGACUUCUGCAGGAUUCAAAAGUCAUCCCUACAGAUCAUGUCGCUGCCCAACACCAUCUGCUCGUUAUGGACUUGAAAAUCUCCCGUCCAAGGAAGAGACAUCCAAGGACUGAAACACAGCGCAUCAAAUGGUGGAAUCUGAAGGAUCGAAAGGAGGUAUUUUUCGCGUCCGUGGCUCCAUCUACACUUCCCCACCCUACUCGUAGUGUGGAGGAAAUGUGGUUGUCUACGUCCAGCGUUAUACGCUUGACCGCGGAAAACACUCUGGGAAAAACGACUCUAGGUAAGCCAAAGGUACAAAAGGCUACGUGGUUUUGGAACGAGGAAGUUCAGGCGGCAAUUCGUGAGAAGAAGUCCAAGUAUAAGCUCUGGUGGAGGACGCGUCAGCCUGAAGAUCGGGGUGCUUACCUAGCGGCGAAGAGGGAGGCUAAGAAGGCAGUCUCCAAGGCGAAGUCGGACCGCUACAAGGCUGUGUACGACAUGCUUGAUACCAGAGAAGGCGAGCGGGCAGUGUAUCGUUUAGUCAGAGCACGUCAUCGCUCAACGUUGGAUAUGGAGCACACCAAGAUCGUUAAGGGAGCUGAUGGAGCCGUUCUGCGCCGCUCUGGUCAGAUCCUGGAGAGGUGGCAAGAGUACUACAAUCACUUGUGUAACGAAGAGUUCUGUCAUCCUCCCAUCCCAACCGUUCCCAGCGUCGAGGGUCCUGUUCUACCAAUUACUGCCGUCGAAGUCAGUGCUGCCCUCGCAAAAAUGAAGUCGAACAAGGCAACCGGUCCUGAUGAUAUACCUGUUGAUAUCUGGAAGCUGCUAGGAGAUCGAGGGUCCAUGUGGCUCGCAACUCUAUUUAACAAGAUCGUUGCAGAAGGACGGACUCCAGACGUUUGGCAAACUUCCGUGACCGUGCCUGUCUGGAAAGGGAAAGGAGACAUUGCUGACUGCACCUCGUACAGGCCUAUACGACUGCUCUGCCAUACGAUGAAGAUUUUUGAGCGUGUCCUGGAAGCUCGUCUGAGGAAAAUUGUUAGCGUUCCACUCAACCAGUGCGGUUUUGUGAAGGACUGCAGCACUAUAGAUGCUAUCCAUGCUGUCCGAAUCCUCCUGGAGAAACAUCGAGAGAAGAACCGCAGUGUGCAUCUUGCUUUUCUCGAUCUCGAGAAAGCUUUCGAGCGUGUCCCACAUGAGCUGUUAUGGAUGUCCAUGAGGUCGCAUAGAGUACCAGAAGAAUAUGUGAGGUGGACGAAGCUGCUUUAUGCGAAGCCUACCAGCGUUGUACGAUGUGCUGUUGGAACAAGCAGGCCACUCCCUGUACGAGUAGGGGUUCAUCAGGGUUCAUCCCUCUCACCUCUGCUGUUCAUACUGUGCAUGGACACGAUAACGAAGGAAAUCCAGAAGCAGCAUCCGUGGACUCUACUCUUUGCCGACGAUGUCAUGCUCGCGUCGGAGUCUCGAGAUGAUCUUCAGAAACAAGUACAGUCUUGGAAGGAUCAGCUGCAGCAAUAUGGAUUGCGCCUCAACACAUCAAAAACUGAGUACAUGGAGUGCGGACCAAGGAUAGAGGAUGGUUCAAUUCGUGUUGAUGGCACCGAAUUAAACAAGGUGAACUGCUUCAAGUACCUUGGAUCCAAAGUGACUUCCACAGGCGACAUUGAUCAAGAAGGUCGAGCACGUGUUAAUGCUGCAUGGAUGAAAUGGAAAAUGGCAACAGGGGUACUGUGCGACAAGAAAGUCCCUGUUCGACUGAAGUCGAAGAUCUACAGGACGGUUGUGCGUCCUGUUGCCCUUUACGGAUGCGAGUGCUGGCCGACAACGAAAGCCUUGGAAAGAGUGCUGCACGCUAUGGAGAUGCGGAUGUUGAGGUGGACGAUAGGUGUGACGCUAAAAGAGAAAGUAUCCAACGACACUGUGCGCUCCAUCUUCGGUGUCGUCCCGAUAACUGAGAAGAUGAAGGAGGCGCGACUGAGAUGGUUUGGUCACGUAUUGCGGCGGGAGGAAGAUUCUGUUGCCAAAACCGCUCUGAAGCUCGACGUUUCAGGAGUGAGGCCGCGCGGGAGGCCAAAGAUUCGCUGGUUAGACCGUGUGAAGCUGGAUAUGAUAGAUGCACGUUUGUGUACGGCUGAUGCAAUGGAUAGAACCAAAUGGAAGACAAGAAGCAGAAAAGCGGACCCUGCAACAACGCGGGACAAACGCUAG